CACCAGAAUAGAAUGAGUAAACUGUCAUGGCGGUGUGACAGUCUUACCUUGUUCAGUCGUUUCAUUCACACGUCUAAAGAAAUUUCAAUUAAUAUUUAUAAUUUUUCUCUAUUUCGUGUCACAAAACAUGGAUAAUCGUUUCGAACUAGUGAGUGAUGAACAGGUGUAUGAAAUCCUCCUGGUCUGUGGUAAACUUAAACGAAAGAGAAAGGUGAAAGUCAAUUGUCUGACACCAGAAUAUAGGCAAAAAAUGAAAAGAAUUGCUGUUAAAGAACUACAUCAGUGGAUGUCUAACGGAGUUUCAGAAAGUUUUAUGACGCAUUUGAAAGAAUUGUCCUCAACAUUGCCUGAACUGUUUGCAUUAAAGCAAUCAUUUACUCCUGCUAUGGAAAUCUCGACAGCGAAUAAAGAAAUUAGUAAACAACCUUCAUUCGACCAUUUGGAAGUUGAUAUGCUGAAAGAUUUGAUAGAGAAUAACUCUGACAUGAGAACAGAUCCUGAACCAGAAUAUUGCAUAGUUAAAACAUCUUUACAUGUGCAUCAAGCCGAAAAAAGUGUGGAUUUCUUAACGUCAGAUGUCAUAAUGUCAGAUGACAACCAACAAUUGAAUGAUGCAGAUUAUGAUGGAUUUCAAGGGACGACUGUUUUAGAUGUGACAGACAGUUCCUCACUGAGUAGCAACAUAUUAUCUUUCACUCGCAUUCUCCAACAUUGGGCCGCUAGCACUAAUCAAAAGAAAAGCUACCUUACGUACCUGCUUCAGUUGCUAAAAGAACACAAACCCCUCCUAGAUUUUGACACACUUCCAGCUUCUGGUAAUCAACUUAUGUUUAUUGACGGGCGCGAUAUGCCCCAGCCAUUUGCAACAAGUGAAAAUACUACAAGCAAGAAAUAUCCACUACCUCCAGUUAUUGAUUUAAACAUUAACGGCAAUGGAAGAUACUGUCAUUUCGGUCUAGAAAAUGCACUUUCUGGAAUCUCACCAGGAUCAUACUUCCACAAUUCCGACUUAUUGCAGUACGCGACCAUAUUCAAAACUAAUCCGGAAUGCAUACCAAUUUGUAUUAGAAAAAAGGUUGAACAACUUGAUGGAGAAGCAGUAAUGGAAGAAGCUAGGAGAAUUCUGAGAGGCGAAGGUGCAGUACCUGAUACUCAGCAGUCUUCCAUGAAUAUUCCUCAUUUUGAAGCAGACAUAACUGCAGAUGGUGUACAACUUUUCAACAACUCCGAGAAAGCAGAAUGCAUUCCAAUUUGCAUUGUGGUUCAUUCAGUGAGUGAGUCUUCCGAUCGGUCAUCACACAAACCAAUUGUGCUACAAAUGAGAUCUCCUAUAAUUGUUGGUGUAGGACACUCUAAAGGAAAACCAGACAUCAACGAGUUCUUAUCUCCUGUUUUAGAAGAGUUAAUCAGACUGGAUCCAAACAAUCACGAUGAAUUGAUCACCAGGGGUCGUCAAUUCACAGUGUCGCUUCGAUGUGUAAUUGCUGAUUGGCCCAUGCGCUCUUAUUUAAAAAGGAUAAAAGGCCAUUCAGGAUACUGGAGCUGUGAGAGAUGUGUGCAAAAGGGUGUUUCGUGUGACAUUAACUCUAGUAGAAGUAAGAAAAAGAAACAAAAAAAAACUAUUCAAUUUCUCGAAUUAAACGCACCCCCUCGAACAGACGAGGAUUUCCUGACAUAUUGCCAGUCCGACAACUGCCUUGAUGAACACAUCAACAGUCUUCACGAUCUCAGCCCGCUCCAUAAGUUGAAUUUCCCCAUGGUCAGCGGUUUCGUUUUGGAACCCAUGCAUACGUUUUAUGCUGGGUGCGUAGGAGGUAGACUGAAAGGUAUCGCCGGCAAAAAAAGUGAAGGAAAAUUAAGCUCAUCACAGUUAGCUAAGGUGGAUCAGAGAUUAGCACUAUUGAAACUGUGCAAGCCUUUUGAAUUCGAUAGGCAUGUUCGAAGUCUAAGUCAAUGCGUUAAGAAAUACAAGCAUCAUGAGAUACGAGAUAUGUUGAUGUAUAUUUUGAUACCCGUCUUUAGUGGUAUUUUACAAGCCGACAAAUUGGAAAAUCUUCUUCUUCUACAAUACGCAAUGCUUCUUAUUGGCGGCUUUGACUCUUCUCCCAUAUCGUCGGCAAAAAUUAAAGAAGCGUCCCGCGUUUUGAAGUUGUACGUUCAACAAUUAAUUGAUUUUGGGUACCCUAUCAGGCCAACCACUCACGCAUCCUCUCAUUUACCUGAAGACGCAGUAAAAUUUGAUUGUGGGGUAGAAGCACUUAGUGCAUUCGUUUUUGAAAAUUUUUAUAGGUUUUUUAGGAACAUCCUUUCAUCCGGGAACUUGCCACUAGAACAAAUUAGGAAUAGGUUAGUUGAAAGGUCUAAGUACCUAUUGCCAACUUCAGCGGAUGGUAUGAUAAUUAAUUCUUCAAAGCAGUUUCACAUUGAAUUAAAGAAACUGGAAGCUAAUAAAAGCGGAAAAAAGAUUGUCGUUACAUUUACAGAAUGGAAAGGUACCAGAAAAAUAGUUUUUCCUGAUUUCGUGCUAACUAACAAAUAUCCAAAUAAUAUAUGUUUACUAAAAAAUGGCAAUAUUGUAGUGUGCAAAGAUCUCAUCGAGUCCCCACCAAAGAGUAAGGUGUUUCUGAUUAUUGGUUCCCUUUUUAAAGUGAGAGAACCUGCUUGCGUUCAGCCUUAUUUGUCAUCGGACUACGACACAUUUUUAGUUUCAAAACUUGAUGACCUCAUCGGUGAAUGAAAUUUAAAUAAUGUACAAUGUAAAAUGUACGCAGUUCCUUACAAGUUGGUUGAUUAUUCUAAAUUGCCAGAUAUAACGUUAACUAAUGUAUCCAACAUAAAAUGGUUCGUAACACCAAUCCGCCAUACUAUUUGAUCACUAACCAUGAGAGUUUAACUCUAUUAUCCUGAUUCCAUUUAUAUUUUACCUUGUCUGUAUUUCAAUAUAAAAUUCAAAUAUAA